AUGGUAGAUGAAGAAGAUUCCGAAUUCAAAAGAUGCAUAAACAGCAUCCUGUCCAAAUCGACAAAACAAGAUAACUUCCUCAAGUGCAUCAAUCUUCUAGGGAUUAAAACCGACCAAUUUAAUAUAAUUCAUGUUAGCGGAACAAAUGGAAAGUCUUCCGUGGCAUUCAAGGUCUCAAAAUGCCUAAUUUCACUAGGACUAAAGGUCGGCUUGUUCACAUCUCCGCAUAUUUUUGAGUAUACUGAAAGGGUUAGAGUUCAAUGUGUACAGAUUCCAAAACGAGACUUUGUUAGGAUAACUGAUUAUAUCUUCUCAGUUGUUGGGGAUAUGCCAAUUCAUUUCUUCUCCACCAUUCUCUUGAUAUCUUUGGUCUAUUUUACUGAAAAAAAGGUGGAAUGGGUUGUUCUGGAAUCUGGCAUAGGAGGACUUCUUGACCCUACUAACUUUGCACCUAACACUAAAGCGGUAGUUAUAUCUUCAAUUGGCUACGACCAUAUGGAGAUCCUUGGAAAAACUCUGGAUGAAAUAGCCCUGCAGAAAGCCGGGACCAUAAAGAGAGGAUCAGUUGUGGUUCUGGGACCAAACUGCCAUAAAGAUGAGAUUUUUGAGAACAAGGCUAGGGAAGUCGGAGCUAGGGUAAUAAAGAAUAACAAGAAAGACUUUGAAUCCUUUGAUGAGGAGAAUACAGAAACUUCCAGGCUAGUUGUCGAAGAAGCCUUGGGAUUGGGAGUGGCUAACAUUUCGGCACUCAGUUCAAGGCUUAAAAUGAGAAUGAAAAUACUUUCCAAACAAGAGUGUGAAGCGGUAAAGAACCAUGUUUUGUCUAAAUACCCAUCACUAGUUCCUAAAUUGAACGAAUUUGGUAUUCCAAAGGCUGUUGUUCUUGACAUUGCCCAUAACAAUACUGCAAUCAAUAGGCUAUGUUCAGAUUUGUUCAAGGUUUAUGGUGGGAAUGCUGUUUUUUGUGUUGCAAUUUCGUUAAAUAGGACCUUGAGUAUUUUCAACCCUCUUGUGUCAUUUCUAAAUAAAGAUUCAAGACGGUCAAUUGAGAUUUUCUACCUUGAUGUAAACCACUCAUAUUGUCGAACACUAAAAGAUGUGGAUUCUGAUUUGGAUAAAGUCGAUUUACAUCCAGAUGCAAAGAAAAUUCUUAAAUCCGGCCUCGAUAAGACAAGACUAAUUUGUUCCACAGAGUCGAGCGGAUUUAACUACUCAAAUGAAGUUUUAGGUAUAUAA